AUGGCUAUCAUGCCCAUCACCACUCCCAAUACCCUUCAAAACCCUACUUCCUUAGAAUCACCUGCAGCUCCAACAACGGCAAAGGCUAUCAAGACAGCCAUCCCUGCUCGUACAAACUCCCAGCCUUUUUAUGACAAAGACCUUCCACCCACUCCUACCUCUUCCAGCCAUCUAGGCCCACCAGAAGUCACCGCUGCUGUAGCCUCGGGUAACCAAGGCAUUGUGAUCGCACAGAAUAGUAAUCUCGACCACACUAAUUCUUUCCAUCCUCCAUCCUCCAGUCCUGCAUCCCCUGCAUCCCCUCAACCCACCAAAAUUACCUCGGUCUCCUCUGCACUGGAGCCUACCCCGGACAACUCGACCCAUCGCCUUGCCUCCACUUCCUCCACUUCCUCCUCCACCUCCUCCUCGGUUUCUCCUGCCUCUCCAAUGUUCCCUGCCCCCAUCUCUACCAUCCAUACACCCAACCCUCAAUCCGACUCUAGCUCACGGCCUUUGACCUCUAUCGCCACAGCCACAGUUGCAAUUCCAUCCUCCCCACCUCCCAUCAGUUCUAGAGGCUCUGACCGACCUCAGAGCAUAACCAUGGCCCCAGGUGUUUUUGACAAAGAGGAGAUGCUUGUGUCUUAUCAGACUUCUGUCCCAGACAAUAGAGAUAGAGCCACUUCCAAGAGGGUCACUCUCAUGGGUCCACCGCCAUCUUACUUUGGUGGAACUGAUGUUAAUGCCCAGCAGCAACAGCAACAGCAACAACAACAACAACAGCACCAACAGCGCCAGCACCUGCAGUGCCAUUCCGAGUCGGACCAACCAGCAGUCUCGAUCUCAAACACGAAUGGAUAUCGUCCCACAAAUCCCGAGAGUGCACUCAUCUUGCCACAAGAUAAUACCCCAUCUUCAUCACGCACCACCACCACCACCUUCACCACUCGUACCUCGACUACACCAGAGCCAUCCAAUGGCAUUCAAACUGCUCACCAAUAUGUCAAGGAGAGAAAUGGAGAUACUGACGACCGCGCUCCUCUACCGACGAGCCAUCAUCAUUCAGAGAGCAAUAACAAUAAUAACACUAAUAAUAUCAAUCAUGGCGACCGGGAUACUGCUAGUAGCCACAGCCAUCCUGAUAGUCAACCUCAAGGUGGUCCUACUGACCCCAAUGCUGAAGAUCCGUCUCGUAUCAAGCCUCGCCGUGUAUUGGGCAACUAUCAUAUGUCCAAGACGCUAGGAGCAGGAAGCAUGGGAAAAGUUAAACUUGGAGUUCACAGCCGAACCCGCGAUAAGGUAAUGAAUGAAUGA